UUGCUAUGGUUGCUGGAAAGUGAAAAUAUCUUCAAGCGACAGUUGAAGUCGUCCAUGGACUGGUUGGUACUGAUUAGACAGCCAGCUAGAUAGUGCCAACAAGAUCAGAGAGAAUUUGUUAGAUCGAGAGACCGACUUGUCUUCACACAAAAUCAACUUUUAAAAAGGACAGCCAGUAUAAUGUUUUAUUCAAAUUCAUGGACUAAGUGCUUGAUAUGCCUUAUCUUUAUAACAGGUGGAAAUGCCGAGUGUCCCAAACCUCAAGUAGAGGGAAAUGUUGUUCUAACGAAUGAUGCGCUAUUAAUGAACGAUUUUCCGGAGGGGAAGGAAGCCACUUUUGAGUGUGCCAACGGCUACUUGAAAGAGCAAGGAUCUGAAAGAAUCACCUGCACGAGUGGAAAGUGGAGCACGCUCAAAUUAACCUGCAAAAAGAAGGACUGUGGUGCCCCCAGGAAGAUACCACAUUUGACAUAUGAGUUUGAGGAAGGCACGCUUUUUGGUGCAGCAGCAAGAGCAAUCUGUGAUAAAGGUUAUCAACUUAUGGGCUCAAGUUACAGGCAGUGUUAUGCCAUAGGUUGGAGUGGAAGACCAAGAUGUAAAGUGGUAACUUGUGAUAAACCUCCUGAGAUAAUGAAUGGCACGAUCACAGAGAAGCCUGGCGAAGAGUUACCAGAGUAUGGUGGUGUCAUACAGUACUCCUGUAAUGAAGGUUACACCCUCAUUGGAAACAAAUCAAUUGAGUGCAAUGAAGAUGGUGAAUACAACUCAUUACCUCCUGAAUGUAAAGAUGUCAAUGACAUUCCUUUGAAACCAACAGCAACUAUUUCAAUAACAACAACAACAACUGUUCCACCCACAAUACGAGAUGUCAAUGACAUUCCUUUGAAACCAACAGCAACUAUUUCAAUAACAACAACAACAACAACAACUGUUCCACCCACAAUACGAGUUUCAGGGAGGAAUAAUGGCGUUGGGGAACAUGACACCAAUGCAGCUACUGGGAAUGCAGCAGUUGUGAUAAGUGUGAUCAGCACUGUCAUAGUUGCACUUAUCAUUGUGCUGUUCAAACUGUAUCAUUGUUAUAAGAGGAAAGGCUCGUACCAGAUGGGAGAAGACCCAAGUCGAACAGAGGAAUCAUUACAAUUUAAAAAUAACUAAGUUGAAUGCCUACCCAAGGUACCUAAAGUUCAUACAUAUCAUUAUAUUAAAGCCAUUAUUAAAAAAUAUGUUCACCAUCUUUUAACCAAAGUCUCACUCAUACGACUAUACGGUUUGUGUUUGUCUUUGAGCUUGAGUAAUCUAAAUAGUGACACUAUUGUUAAAACUGCUCCGCUAAGUCAAUGCUUCGUCUAAAAUGUCUAAUUUCUUUCCAGGGCUAGGACUGCACCUAUCUGCUAGUCUGCAUCUGUAGCCUUGAAAAGAAGUGCCAGCGGAUUGUUCCUCUGACCAUUCCCUGGUUGGACAAAGCCAUUUCAUUUACAGUGCCCUUAUGUAUGUGGCAUUACUGAAUGAAAGUUAUAAUUACACUUUUUAUUAAGUUGUUUUUGAAAGUCAGUUCAGCGGAAAUGUUUUAACCCAAUGUUCGAAAACCGGUAUAUAUUUUUUUCUAUUGAUAUACAAAACUGAAAUAUACGUAAUUGUCUUUUCAACUACCAUAUUUGACUACAGGUUGCUAGCUUUCUCUGUUGUGUGGGCAGAAAACCCUGUAAUAAAAUGAGUGCACUAAACAAAAUGUAUGAUUGAGGAAAUCCCCAGGCUGAUAAUCACUGACAAUUUCUAAAUGUGUGCUUACUGAUCGUGGCUCACAGGAAAAUAACAGUAAGAGACAGUUUCCUGGACCCAGGUUAAGGCUACAGCACUGUAUUCCUUUUCAAGUAGGCUUAAUCUGGGUCCAGGAAACCAGCUCUUCAUGUUCAUUUCCUGCAGCCCCAAAUGUCACAAAAUAAUGUCAAUCUUAUUAGAGGUUUUGUACUUUGAUUUUAUAGUGUGUAUUGUGUGAUUUAAGAGAUCAAUUUUUUUUAUGAUAACUGCCUUUUCUCCUUCUUUGAGACACAUUUGUGUAAAUAUGAAAGUAUGUACAUUGUCUAAUAAUCAUGGUUGGGUAGGUUCAUUUGUAAAUGUAAUCUGCUACAGUUACUAUACUAUAUCCCAGAAAUGUUCCAUAUGCACAAAAAGCUUAUUUCUCUCAAAUGUUGUGCAUAAAUUAGUUUACAUCUAGGGUUGACAACUUUUUCACUACCAAAUAAGGGACAAAAGGUUGCGUUCCAGUGCACAGUGCCACGCCGGUAUGGGUAUGGUGUCGUGUGAAUGAAUAUACAGUGUAUAUUCAUAUUCUUAUUAAAUUGUAAAGGCAAACAUUUCUAUAUUCCAUUUAGCCUAUAGCUUUACUAAAAUGGUAUCAUUAUGUAAACUUAUGUGAAUAAACCUCAAAAUAAA